CACGCACCCGGAGGAGGAAUCUCGCGAGACUAUGUCCCUUCCCCCCUUUUCCUUUAGACGGGACAGGAUCUUUCGAGAUCUCUCUUUUCUCCUCCUGCUUGUUUAGUUUUCCCCUCCCUUCCCCCCUCGCAAGGAGGCAACCGGAGUUGCACGCCGCCGUUCAUUUAAACAGUUGAGCGGCCGCUGUGUAAACGAACGGAGAGGCGGACGGGACGUUUGCCUAAAGCGCCUGCCUGUUUCCUUACCUCUUGCCCGGCCCUCAGAGAGGUUCCCGCGGGCCCCUCAAGCCGUCUCGCUUCGCGUCUGCUCGGCCUGUUUCUUUUCCCAUCCCGAGCGCAGCAUGUCGGUGGUAGGAAUCGACUUGGGCUUCCAGAGCUGCUAUGUGGCGGUGGCCCGAGCCGGGGGCAUCGAAACGAUUGCCAACGAAUACAGCGACCGCUGCACCCCAUCAUGUAUAGCCUUUGGACCCAAGAAUCGUUCAAUUGGGGCUGCAGCUAAAAGCCAAGUAAUUUCAAAUGCAAAGAAUACAGUACAAGGUUUUAAAAGAUUUCAUGGCCAUGCAUUUUCGGAUCCCUUUGUUCAAGAUGAAAAAGCAAAGCUUGCUUAUGAACUUGUCCAGCUGACAUCACACUCCGUUGGCAUCAAGGUUAUGUACAUGGAAGAAGAAAGAAAUUUCACCAUUGAGCAGAUGACAGGAAUGCUCCUCACUAAACUAAAAGAAACUGCAGAGAACGCACUUAAGAAACCUGUAGUUGACUGUGUUGUAUCUGUUCCCUCUUUCUAUACAGAUGCAGAGCGGAGGUCUGUGAUGGAUGCUACACAGAUUGCUGGACUCAACUGCUUGCGAUUAAUUAAUGAAACUACUGCAGUUGCUCUGGCAUAUGGGAUCUAUAAACAAGACCUGCCUGCAUUAGAAGAGAAACCAAGAAACGUGGUGUUUGUUGACAUAGGACACUCAGCAUACCAAGUUUCAGUAUGUGCAUUCAACAAGGGAAAAUUAAAGGUUCUUGCAACAGCAUUUGACACAGUACUUGGUGGCAGGAAAUUUGAUGAAGUAUUAGUAAAUUAUUUUUGUGAAGAAUUUGGGAAGAAAUAUAAGCUAGACAUAAAGUCCAAAAUUCGUGCACUGUUGAGAUUAUCUCAGGAAUGUGAGAAAUUGAAGAAGUUGAUGAGUGCAAAUGCUUCUGAUCUGCCAUUGAACAUAGAAUGCUUCAUGAAUGAUAUUGAUGUCUCUGGAACUAUGAACAGGAGCAAAUUUUUAGAGAUGUGUGAUGACCUCUUGGCUAGAGUAGAACCGCCACUUCGAAGUGUCUUGGAGCAAGCUAAGUUAAAGAAGGAGGAUAUCUAUGCAGUAGAAAUAGUAGGAGGGGCUACAAGAAUACCUGCUAUAAAAGAGCGUGUUAGUAAAUUUUUUGGUAAAGAGAUCAGCACAACUUUGAAUGCAGAUGAAGCUGUCACACGAGGCUGUGCAUUGCAGUGUGCUAUUCUAUCUCCAGCUUUUAAAGUGAGAGAGUUUUCUAUCACAGAUCUGGUACCAUAUCCUAUUUCUUUGAAAUGGAAUUCCCCAGCAGAAGACGGAAUAAGUGAUUGUGAAGUCUUCCCAAAGAAUCAUGCUGCACCAUUCUCCAAGGUCCUCACAUUCUACAGGAAGGAACCUUUCACUUUGGAAGCUUAUUAUAGUUGUCCUAAGGAAUUGCCUUACUCAAACCCUGCCAUAGCUCAGUUUUUAGUUCAGAAGGUAACUGCACAGACAGAUGGAUCCAGUUCAAAAGUUAAAGUUAAAGUCAGAGUAAACAUCCAUGGCAUUUUCAGUGUUUCAAGCGCAUCACUUGUGGAAGUUCAUAAAUCAGAAGAAAGUGAAGAGCCUAUGGAAACGGAUCAACAUGCAAAAGAGGAAGAGAAGAUGCAAGUAGACCAGGAAGAGCAACAAAAAGAGCAGCAGAAGUCUGAGGAACACCAGCAACAAGCACAAGCUGAAAACAAGACUGAAUCUGAAGAAAUGGAGACAUCUCAAGCUGGAUCAAAAGAGAAGAAAAUGGAUCAACCUCCUCAGGCUAAAAAAGCUAAAGUAAAGACUACAACAAUUGACCUUCCUAUCGAGAAUCAAUUGGUGUGGCAGAUAGGAAAGGAUAUGUUGAACUUAUUUAUUGAGAAUGAGGGUAAAAUGAUCAUGCAGGAUAAACUGGAGAAGGAACGGAAUGAUGCCAAGAAUGCAGUGGAGGAAUAUGUUUAUGAAAUGAGAGACAAGCUCUGUGGUGUGUAUGAGAAGUUUGUUAGUGAAGAGGAUCGUAAUAAUUUCACUCUCAAGUUGGAAGACACAGAAAAUUGGCUAUAUGAAGAGGGUGAAGACCAGCCAAAACAGAUUUACAUUGAUAAGUUGGGAGAAAUGAAAGCUGUGGGACAACCUAUUCAAGCACGAUUUCAAGAAUCAGAAGAAAGACCAAAAGCCUUUGAAGAACUUGGAAAACAAAUCCAAAUGUACAUGAAAGCUGUUCUUGCAUUUAAAGCAAAGGAUGAACAGUAUGAUCACUUGGAUCCUGCAGAAGUAGCCAAAGUGGAGAAGGAUGCAAAUGAGGCAAUGGAAUGGAUGAACAACAAGCUCAAUCUUCAGAACAAACGAAACCUUACUUUGGACCCUGUUAUCACAGCUAAGGAGAUUGAAGCAAAAACAAAGGAACUGGUAAAUAUGUGUAACCCUAUAGUCACCAAACCAAAACCCAAGGUGGAACUUCCAAAAGAGGAUCAAAAACCAGCAGAACAAAAUGGCCCAGUAGAUGGCCAGGGUGAUGGCAUUGGAGCAUCUCAAACUGCUGAACAGAGUACUGAUUCAACAGCUCAAACAUCUACAGAAAAGAAACUUCCUGAAAUGGACAUUGAUUGAAUUCCAAUUCCUUGUUUAUAUUAGAAACUACAAUAAAGCUUUAAGUUUGUCAACUUUAUUAUGUUCUGAAUAUAAAUGGGAGCCAGUGAGAACUGCAGCUUUCUCACACUAUCUCUUUUUGGAUCAGAUUGGUCAGUAUGAAGCAUCUUGACUCUUGGGUAGCUUAACUAUUCAGUCAGAUAAGUUCUAUCUUUUGCCAUAUGAAUUUAGAAGCUCUUUGUAACUAUUAGAUUUGCAAAAACAGUCAUAGGUGAUCAUUUUGAGAGGGUAACCAGAAUAUUAUUUUGUUCUAAUCUACCACUAAAUUGCUAUUGUGGAUUGCAGCAGCUGCAUUUAUAAGUACUGAUAGAAAAGUGCCAGAAGUGUUUUGAAGUCCUGGUGGUAUUGCACAAGAGCAUAAUAAAACAAAGUACCAGAUUGUGAUCCUUCUGCAAAUACAAAAGAAAUAAUGGCACGCUUUCUUGCUGGAAGUUAAUUCAUUUCACAUUGUGCCAUGAAUAAGUUAUAUGAAGUAUAUAUAUGGUGCCAUGGAUCAGAUUACAUGUUUGUGCUAAAUACAAAUAAUUGAAAAGGCUGGAGUAUUUUUUCUGGUUCAUGUCCACCCACCAUUAUUGAUUUUAAUAUCUUGGGCAUUGUAUCAAAUUGUUUAUCUGAUAUGCAGAGUAGCAAAUAUAUACUUAAACCUCCUACUUAGACAUGCAAAAAUGUAUACUCAUGGUAAAGUCUCCCCAGUUAUAUGAAAUGAUGUAUAAAUUCCUGUAUUUAGUUGAAGUAGUUUCUUGUAGGGGAAGAAAGAGGAUAUACUGCUAGCUGUCUGCACUUCUGGGUGAUUUUGAUUCGUUGCUAACUUGAAGAGGAUAUUUGCUUCCUAUGGCUUGGAAGUGCUUAGGUUUAUCUUCCGGGCAAAACAAGAAGUCUGGCAGUUUUCUCAUGUGCUCCCCUAUACUUUGGCUGUUUUGCUUCUAGUAUUGAUAAUUGUCAUAUAAACUUGUAUGUGUUGAGAUCAAAAUGGAAACAUCCAUACACAUAGCAAGAAAUAAAUGCACUGGAUUGUACUGGAUUUUUUUUUAAAACUGUUGAUUAUGGGUGAAGGACAUAGAGGUUGGAUCCAGCAAUCUGCUAGUAAAAGAGGGUGGGGGGAACCCAACUUUCUUGCUCCCCUGAUGCUUACAGGACUCCAAUAACUGAGGUGGGCUGUGGUGAGAGGGCAUUGCAGAAAAGUGAGUGGAUGCAGGGUCCUCUGGCCCUUGGGAGGGAGAGCCUUCUUGGGAAGAUGGUGCUGGUACGAAAAGGAGGGGCAGGAAUGUUAGCUUCUGCUUGUCUCCUUCCAUGGAUAGAUCUCUCUUCUAUUUCUUUCACAAUCUCUCAAGAAAUACUUGGAUUAGAUCCAGUCGAUUCAGUCUUCUUGCAGCAGCUCCUCUUAAAAAACACCAAUUGAGUUAGAUUUGUUUAAGAAAAGUGACUUUGUUGAAUUUGUUAAAUCACACCUGAAAAUGAUGAAGAACUUUGGUCUGACUUUAUGUUUUGACUAUAACUUGGUACUCUGCUACAGCAAAGUACUUUGUAUUCAUGGCUCUGAAAGUGUACUGGUUUCAAAGCGGUUCUGAAACAUACAAAAAUAAAAAAAAAAUUAACUCCAUAAAUAUCCAACUUUCAGUUAAGACAAAAAUAAAUGAUUUGGGGUUUAGAAGAGACUCCCAAGAAUAUCUUGAGUCUAAAUGACAACUCAGAAUAUUAUUGCUGUUGGUUUUUCUAUCAUGUUAAUCAGCUAUUGCCUGUUACAGACAGGUGCAACCCUUUU